AUGGUCGUCUCCCCGAUCGAGACGCCGCCGUCGCCGCCCGUGAUGACGCGCGCCGCGGACGCGGCGGACGACGACGCCGCGCUCCUUUCGCGCCCUCUCUUGGAGCUCGAGAAGGCUUUUCGCGAAGAAAGGACGGGCACCGGCGCCGACCGCGACGACGCGCCGACGCCGCACGCGGGAUACGGAUCCGAUCCGGACGAGCCGGCGCCGCCGCAGGCGUACGUCAACCGUCUGCGCGACGAUCGCGCGUGCGCGUGCUGGACGUCGCCGCUCGCCAACGUCUUAUGCGUGGUCGCGUCUCCGAUAUGCGCGAUCCCGCUCUGCGGCAGCUGCGUGACCGUCUACCCAAAACACGCCGUGGUCACGACCGUGUUCGGGCGGUUUCUUCACGCGUUCACGAGACCCGGUCUGUACUUCGUGAACCCGUGCGGCCGCGAGGCGCAGGUGGUCUCCCUGAAGGCGACGUCCGUGGAGCUCCCCGCCGUGAAGGUGGCGGAUCGAAACGGCAACCCGCUGGUCAUCUCCGGCGUCAUCGACUACCGCGUCGUGGACCCGACGCGAGCGGCGCUGGACGUUCUGCACCUCCCAAACUCCGUCAAAGUCAACGCGCACGCGGCGUUGAAGCGCGUCGCGUCUCUGUAUCCGUACGAAACCAGGGACGGAUCGCCGUCGCUCAAGACGGAAGUCGUGCAGCUCAACAGCGUCCUUCGAACGCUCCUCCAACGCAAGGUGGAAGUCUGCGGCGUGAAGAUCGUCACGUUCGAGCUCAGCGACCUCGCGUACGCCGCGGAGGUCGCGCCGAUGAUGCUCGUGAGGCAGCAAGCGCAGGCGCUCAUCGACGCGAGGAGCGUCAUCGUGCAGGGCGCGGUGAGCAUCACGCACGGUGCGUUGAGCGAGUUGGAAGAACGAGGGCACGCGUUCGACGGGAGUCAAAAGGCGAGGCUGAUCUCGAACAUGAUGACCGUGCUCGCGGGGGAGAGCCGGCCGCUGCCGACGCUGUCGCUCUCGGACGCGGAGUUUCACCCCGCGCCGACGUGA